GGCGGAGCGGAGUGGAGCACCGCCUUCCCGCGGCCGCCGCCGCCUCUUUCUCCUCCUCCUCCUCCUUCUCUCCCGACAUGGCGGCCCCAGCAGAAGUCAGCGGCCUUAGCGAUGAAGCAGCCUACGGCGCCUGCUCGGAGCCGGACGCCAGCACGAAGGAUUUUAUAUUGCAGCAGACAAUGUUAAGAGUAAAGGAUCCUAAGAAGUCCUUGGAUUUUUAUACAAGAGUUCUUGGAAUGACACUGCUUCAAAAAUUUGACUUUCCUACUAUGAAGUUCUCGCUCUAUUUCCUGGCAUAUGAAGACAAAAAUCAUAUUCCAAAAGAUAAAACUGAGAGAACAGCUUGGACCUUCUCUAGAAAAGCUACACUUGAACUGACACACAACUGGGGCACUGAAAAUGAUGAAAAUCAAUCUUAUCACAAUGGCAAUUCAGAUCCACGAGGUUUUGGACACAUUGGAAUUGCUGUCCCUGAUGUCAAUAAAGCUUGUAAGAGGUUUGAAGAACUAGGAGUGAAAUUUGUGAAGAAACCAGAUGAUGGUAAAAUGAAAGGACUUGCAUUUGUUCAGGAUCCUGAUGGCUACUGGAUUGAAAUUUUGAAUCCUAACCACAUGGUGACUCUCACUUAGUUCUGAUGAAGUAUAUUCUAUAGGAGAUGCACACUUUCAGUCCACUGGAGAAAAUCUGUAACAGUGUGUGUGAAAUUAUCACUUAAUGGAGAGGAAUCAGUUGUGUUCAGAGUCUCCUCUAAACUCCUCUCCUCUAAAACUCUUCCCUGGGACCUCAAUGUACUUGAAUUCCUUUCUGCUGUCCUGCAAUGCCACUGCAGUUUGCUUCCAAUUAGGAAUACUCAACUAUCUUUUGGAAGAGCGCUUACACAGAAUCUCCUCUUGAACACCGAUUAUAUUAAUAUUUCAAAAAACACUCUCAAAAGAUAUGUGGCCAUAAAUUCACUGCAUCUCACACUGCUUAGACUUAAACUAACAACAACAAAAAAAUCCUGUGUUACUACCAGUGAAUUUCAACAAGGAGAAAAAAACCCAAACCUUCAGAAUAUUUCUUAUAUGAAGUCAAAAGAUCCUGAAGGCUUCAUGCCGUAUUUUGUGUAUUAGAAAAUAAAAUGUCAGACUAACUUUGACUUGAGUAGUAGCAUGUUUAGGGAAGUCCUAAUCUUACUUACAUUAUGCCAGGCAAAACUCUUUAAGGAGCAGCCUUAAACAGCCUUGCCUGGAACAAGAAACUUUGUGGAGGCAAUAAAUCAGUUCAGCAGAAAGAAUUCAGUCUUUCAGCUUCUGGCUGCUGAUUAACAGCCAAGAUAAGAGGUCUCAUAGUUGCUAAUUCACGGUGAUCCUUCUUGUCUCUUCCAACACUAGAAAGAACUUGCUCAUAAUUUUUGUUGCAAUGAAAAUCUGGGGCUAUGUUUAACUUAAAUGCUCUGUAUGUUCUGCAUUAGGAAUUUUAUGAAAAAGAGUAUCUGAAACAACAGUUUCCUACUAGUAGAAGUUUUGAUCUGCCCUGUCAAGACCAGUGAGGGUUACUGAAAUAGUACCUGUAAGUGCAUACGUUACAUAAAUUAUUUGAUUUUACACUGUUUGACCUGUUACGAACAGUGUAAAUAAAACAUGUCAAGUUUUGAAAUCCUGUUGUUCCUUCCAACAAGGGAAAAAUCCUCUGCUGUCUCUUACUGUGAUUCAAGUAGCACUUAACUCCUACUAAGUCUCCAGUUACGUGACUAUUGAGUAGCGUAAUGGCAUUGCAGUUCACUUCCAAAUAAAGCAUUGGUGCAGACUACAAAAUAAUCUUAAAGCAGUGUGACCUGUUGCUUUGCUAAUUGUUGAAUCAUAGGUCAUUGAAAGGCAUUUUGUUUUGGUUCGCUGAUUCUUUUUUGGGAAGAAAUCUGGGGAUAAAAGAAUAUGAAUUGGGAGUGCAGCAGUGAAGAAGAUAACUGUGACUUAAUUAGCAGAAUGUUCUAGUAAUUUAAUGUGCAGAGUUGAUAAUAUCCAUCAAUAACUCCCUGGGUUAUAGGUUAAAACAGAAAUGCAAGGUAUUGCAUUGGAUUUCUACUAUUCUAAUGUAGAUGUUAAUGACUAAAAUGCUAAGUGUUACUGCCCUAUUUCCUUAUCUGAAAAAUCCUUAAUUCUGCCUGCCUCACCUUAAGAAGAUAGCAUAUACAAACCAGUACUUUUACAGAGCUCUACAUAAAAAAUAAUUCAUAAAACUCAGUCUAAGGUAUUUUGUUUACCUUUGGAUACGAGUAAAAUCGAUUAUAGGCUUCAUCUGAGCCUGAAGUGUUGGAAAAAGGAAUGUGAAAAGUAUUGAUCUUUUUAAUAUUGCCUACAGAUGUGCAAACAAUCAAAAAUGGGAAGGUAGACACAGUAACUCAAGAGAUAAUAUUUUUUCAGUUCUGUAUUUGUUAUAUGAAGCAACCCUGAUAUCUUAAAUUGUCAUUUGUAUGAUAUUUUGUGGCUGGUCUUGCCAGUAUCUACAGAUACUGUGCUUUAGGUGGUGCCUUAGUGCCAUUCAUAUACAAUAGUACAUCCCUUCUGCUGCUGCUGAAAUAGGAACUUAAAAUGAAGUAAAGCUCUUGUGAAGCAGAAUUGCUAGCUGCAGUUCCUUACCAUUCAGAAUCUCACAUUAGAUUGUGUGGGUAGAAAAAUUAUUUAGCCUAGUAGUUAAGUGAGGUUGUCUAAAACAAGUUUUAUUUCAGUAAGUACAGAUCUGUCGUGUAAAGCUUUACGACCAAGGUGUUGGCAAGGAAAAUCUCAAUAUUUUACAAGGAUGGAACUUGGUUUGUAUUUUAUCAACAUAAGAGUGUUUCAUUCAGACUUGCUUCACUACACUUCAAAGUACAGGUGUGGCUGGAAAACCUAUUGACCCAAUUGUUUGGAAUCCAGUAAUUAAAACUGGGAUAGUUUGUACCUAAAGUGAGUAAGUCAAAGGGUGUGCACAGGUAGGCCAGUGGGAUAACUACAUGAGGAGGAGCAGGGUAUGUUGAAGUUUCUCUGCUUAGUACUCAAAAGUUACUCUAAGCACAUCUGCUAAUCCUGCAAUGACCCUUGGGUUUUAUUUAUGUGCUUGACAAAGCAUAGACAAUGUGAUAGAUGAUGAAGUUAAAGAGGAAACUAGUAAAAAACCACUGGCAUCUACAAACUAGGUAUAGUAAUAUAAUGAAGGGGGCAAGGUGUGCUUGGUUGUUGGGGAGUUUUGUUGUUUUUGUUGUUUUUUUUUUUAAGUUACUGCUUCUUGCCAUACUGACAGCUGAUUAAAACCAGUACUCUCAGUUACAAAAUCCAAUAAGCUAGUAAAAACAAACAUUUAAUGAUUCUUUCAGCCUGCAAAAGAUGUUGAAGAUUUUAGAUGUAAAAAUUUUUGAAAUUAAUGUUCUCGCUGAUUACGGACUAUUAUUUUUAUUUCUUUGAAGGUAACACUUCUGUUAAAUAUAAGUAAUAAAUAAAUUUAAAUAAAGCACUGCA